CUUAUAAGUCCACUUUACCGAAGACCGGUUUAGAAAGUAGGCGAACUGUUUAACAAGAGCGACAAUAAAAGCGAUACUAACUGUUUGGUGCGGGGUGUUUGAAGUGUCUUCUGAUUGAAAAUGGAUUGCGCAUCGAUUCUUUGAAGGAUUGUUGUCACUUCUGAUCCUAGAUCUGUGGGAUCAGUGGUCUAAUAAGAAGAAGAAGAAGAAGAAGAAGAAAAGACACGGCGUCCUAAAAGUUUUGGAGAUAUCUUAGGACUGUUAAUAAUAUAAUUUGCCCAGCGAUUUGGACUCCCUUUAACUGUUACCAUCUUUUUUUCCCACAACUCAGGCCCCAACCAGCAGUUCAAGAUGACAGAGAAGGUCCCAUGGUGGAAGGUGUUCAUCCCAAAGAAGAAGAGUGCGGAUCCUUACGGCUUGGGCCCAGACUUCAACCCUUUCUCCCAGCAACCGGACAAGCUGAAAGACCUGUCUUCUUCGUCCAAGACCGCCACCGACCAGACCGUCCCCGCGCAGGGCUCCAGCUUCCUCAGCGACGAAACCUUCGACGACUCCAAGCUGGAAUCGGUGUUCAACGAGCAGACGUGCCGCAGGAACAUGAAGGUUUCCCGCUCGGGUCGGUUCAAGGAGAAGAGGAGGCCGCGAUCGACCCUGCCCAUCGAGGAGAAGGGGAGGGAAGCCGCAGCGGCAGGGAGGGAGGACAAACGGUGACCCUGGGAAAAGGGGUGUGUGUGUUUGCGUGUGUGCGUGUAAAAAAGACUGCUUCACAGUAUUGCUUCAAAAGAAGGAGUGGGAUUUAAAUAGUUGAAGGAACUUUGGUCUCAUGAGGCAUUGUACUGUACAGAGCGCUGGGGAUGAUGUUCACUUGGGUUUUAUAUCAAUAAUGCAGAAUUCUGAAUACGAGUUGAAAUAUAUUUUUGAGAUUUAAGACAUUUUGUAGGGUUACGUUACAAAUGUCAUAUGUUUUCUUUUGCUUUUAUCAAGGUUAUUGAACCGUUUUGCACAUGAAAUGCCACAAACGCAAUUCAAAGGACAAGUAUGAGAAGCAAGGGGCUGGUAUCGGAUUCUCUUUCUAUGAAAAUAUUGAGUAAAGGUAUCAUGAAAUGUACAGUGUCGCAUCGUGGACUGGCGACCUGUCCAGUGACCGUCCCACGGUUUUUUUCCCCAACUGUAGUUUAAACCAGCAAUAUCUUAAGGUUGAUAACUGGGACUUCUUUAGUUUCUACAUCUAAAUUGUCCACUGCUUUUGCAAUUAAAAUAUUUCCAAAAGGCA